AUGUCGCGCUGUCCAGGGAACUCUCACUCGAGAGAAGAAUUGCAGGGCUACUAUGAGUCCGUUGACCCCAACUGGACGGGUGUGGAAACACCUGCAUUCCAAGCCUCUUUCAUGGGGGUAACACCAUCUCCUUAUUGCACAGAGCCUAUGGUCCCGCAUCCUGCCAUCCUUACGCCCAUCUCCCUGCCAGAUAGUUCAUUCCAUCCGAGCCCAGCACUCAGCCGCCACUCCCAAGAGUAUCCAGCUCAAGAUUAUAGUUACAACAUAAACCCAGUCCAAGCACAGGGUCUGGGUAUCACCGCACAAUUCCCCAGUGAAUAUCCACGGACGUCAGCCCCACUCGCUAGCUAUGCCUACGCUCCAAAUGAACCCCCAUAUGCUAUGGGCUAUACGCCUAACAUGUCGCCUGCAGCUCCGGCACCUAAGCGGAUGAAGCGAACUUCCUCGGAUAUGAGGACUCCAUCCCGCGACACCCGCACUCCUCUCAGCAUUCUGCCCGACCCGGAAGGCGUCGAACGUCUGGAGCGCGAGCGUAGCCAAAGUACGCCAGCUCCAACACCAAUGCUGCCAAAGCCUCGUGCACCAGGCCGUGGUCGCCGAGACCCCAAAGCAGAGGAGGAAGAUGCUUUUGUUGAAGACUUGCGUGAGCAGAAUCUGGCGUGGAAGAGAGUACGUGAAAUGUUCUGUGAGCGAUUCAACAAGGAUGUCACCGAGGCUCGAUUGCAAAUGCGGUUGACUCGUCGGCGCAAGGAACGAGUUGCGCGCUGGGAAGAGCAUGAUGUUCAGCUGCUCCUCUCCGCUUCCGAUAUGUGGGAGAUCGAGAGGUACCAAUUCAUCGCUAAUAAGAUGAAAGAAUUGGGCUCCACGAAAGAGUAUACGCCCGAUCAAUGCAGGGCUCAACUACGAUAUCUCGAAAUCAAACAACGUCAAGCACACCCCGGUAGCAUAUCUCCUUCAGUAAUAUCCGACGCAGAGGAAUCACCCAUUAAUCACCCACCAACAUCACGAAAGCGAGCCCGUCAGGAAUUGGAAGAUUGA